AUGUCGGAGAAGCUUGAUCAACAAUCACCACCUCUUACAGCGAACGAUCCUGCCGAACACACGAAGCGCCCCAAUAGGCCGGCAUUGCUCGUCCGCAGAUCAUCAGUUGGAAGCAAGCUUCCCGAGACUGGGUCUUCCGCUUAUGUCCUCGAUUGGGAGGGCGGUACAUGUAGACAACGACUCUUAAGCCGUGCCGAAGACCUUUUAGGAGAGUCUGUCGGGCGGAGGAGGCUUACCAUCAUUCAGGGGCUCCCAUUGGACUUGGUUCAGGUUUUGAGGGACUCGCUGGGUGUCAGCCCGGGAUUUCUCGAAGCGCAUGCGGGAAGACGACGGUAUCGGCCGGUGACGCAGGACAAUGGCGAAAGCUUCGUCUCUUUUGAGUACCCAGAGCUCGUCAAGGUCCAUCAGGCUGCUAUUGGGCCAGAUCUGGGAUAUAAGCCGUCGGCAAGGCAAUCGGACUUGGUAGAUGUGAUGGAUGAGGCACCAUUUUAUUCAAUGUCUCGGGAUGGCCAGGCAGUCAUAUUCUGUCAUGCGUCCUUAUGGAUGGGCAGUAAGGCUGAUAUCUUAUUUCUAGAUCGUCCAAUAUGGCAUGAUCCUUCGUCGCAACUCAGAAAAGCACGACGGCCGCUGUCUGUGGCAAGAUCAUGGCAGACAAAGAUUGACGAAUCCCAGCACGACGGCACUUCUGUGUGGAACGUGUUGAUUGCGGAAGGAGACGAACUCCCAGGGCUUGAAGAUAGCUUGCUGAGAACGUUCCGGCAUACGAAUGUGACUAGACAGACAUUACCUGGUUUACUGUGCAACGCGGUAUAUGGCAAAUGGGCCGACUUCUUCGAAACUCUUCCGUCACAUUCCCAGCCCGAAUCCCUCCAGGACGCGACUCUUUUUUGGCAGGCUACAGAGUCUUUGGAACAGAAUCUAGACGUUGCCCAUGAUCCGGCGCCUCCUAUCAUACACCACCCUGACUGGCGUCGCCUACUUGAAAGACUACAACGCCGCGUAACGAUCUCACGCCUGACCACUACAGCUCCGCAAACCUCCUGGCUGCCCUCGACGCAGGGAUUGACGACAGCGCAACCACAAACGCGUGGAACAGGCAUGCUUGAUAAGACGUCAAGAGCGUAUCCCGUUGCGGAUCGUGACUGGCUUGGUGAAAAGGAGAUGGACCAGCGAGCUCUCGACCGUGUCACAUAUCUAGGAGGCAUUCUCCUCCCUUUCAGCAUAGUGUCAGCCAUUCUAUCCAUGAAUGACGAAUAUUCCCCAAAUGCCCCUCGAUUCUGGGUGUUCUGGGCAGCCUCCAUCGGCGCUGCUAUUUUGUGUUUAUUCAUCAUCUACCUAGACCGGCUGCGGUGCCUCGAGGUCUACUUCGAGAUCUCUGCCGCGGAUACAAUCGAAUCGAUAUUCGCAUCUGGUGACGGCAAAGCCCGUGUCUACAGCAGCAAUGGGCUCGGGUCAGCCUCUAUGCUGCCAUCUAGGCUGCGACUGCCCUCACGGUGGAACACGGAGAUGCUUGUCGACAUGCCGCAGCCUGGUGUGGGCGAUAUGGAAGUUGUAGCCGACUCCGCGGUAAAUCCAACGAUGAUUGUGCAACAAUGCCGGGACGGUUCAAGGCCUAAAGCGUGGCAGAGAGGCGAAUUGGGCUGGGGCGGCGCUUUCAAGAAGGUUAUAGGGUAUUAUAGGUGGAGAGGCGGCAUGCCGGUGCAAUUCAGUACGACUGGACCGGAGAGGUUUCGUAUGAAGAUGAUUUAG